UUGAUGUGUGGUCGGUUGGUUGCAUUCUUGCCGAGCUUGUGUCCGGAAAGCCGAUGUUCCCUGGGGAUGAUCACAUCGAUCAGUUAACAAGGAUUAUGGGCGUGGUGGGUACGCCAAGUUGCGAUUUCUUGUCAAAGAUUCAGUCGGAAGAAGCCCGUAACUAUAUUAGAGUGUAUGAUGCUGCAACUGGUAAAGGGAGGAACAGGGGAUGGAAAGGACAGGAAACAACAGUGAACAUCAAUCAGUCGGAUGGAGUACUCCUUUGUCCGUCAGGCUAUUUAGACCCUCUGUCUUCAACUGACAAUUCCCGACCAU